UUUGGAGUCACCAAGACUCAGAAGUGAAAACAGCAGCGAGCUCACAUCUCUCCAACUGUUUUUUUUUCUCCUAUCAUUUCGGCUGCGGCUCCUUUAUGAUUCGUACAUUCAUGUAAAUACAUCAUUUUUUUUUUCUUUAUUUCUUUAUUAAUAACAAAGAAGAAGGAAGAAGAUGGAACUUAACUCUCUGUUAAUUCUGCUGGAGGCGGCAGAAUACUUGGAGAGGAGAGACAGAGAGGCAGAACACGGCUAUGCGUCUGUCUUACCGUUCAGCAGCGACUUUUCCCGAAAGAAAACGAAAACCUCGCCAAUUUCCAGAAAAAAUCAGAACAAUAGAUCGUCACACAACGAGCUGGAGAAACACAGACGUGCCAAACUACGGCUGUACUUGGAGCAGUUGAAGAAGCUGGUGCCUUUGGGUCCAGACAGCACGAGACACACCACACUGAGCUUGCUGAAAAGGGCCAGGAUGCACAUCAAGAAGCUGGAGGAGCAGGACAAGAAGGCUCUGAAUGUGAAGGAGCAGCUGCAGAGAGAGCACCGCUACCUCAAACGCCGCCUGGAGCAGCUCUCCGUGUCAGGAUCUGUGGAGCGCAUCCGCACUGACAGCAUGGGCUCCACCAUCUCCACCGACUCCGAGCAAGAGGUGGACAUCGAGGGCAUGGAGUUCACCCCCGGCGAGGCGGACAGUUUGGAUAGUAUUAGCGACGUCGAGGAAGAGGACCACUACAGCCUCCAGAGCAGCUCCAGCGACACCAGCUACACAGCCACACAUUCCCACAGACUGCAGCCGCACCACUGUUAGACACAGCGUGACCAUCCAACUCCCAGCCAGCUUCCUCACCUGUGCGUCCCUCCUCUCACCUCGCCUUCCCCCGACCAUUUGCCAUCGCCGCCCACUACCUACGUCAGACCAGUCCACAACGGCGGCACACCCUGAACCAGUUCCUCCUUUCCUGGCCCUGGGUUUCCAGGAAGCACAUGGGGCUAAAAAGCCACUCAAUCCUUCCUGACCCCCACCCUGACCACUGACCCUACCUCACCCUACUGUAUCCUGCCUGACCCUCCUCACACGCCCUGUCCUCCCACUGCCCUCACAACCCCUACCUAGUGUUGCAACAGGCUCAGACAGAGCAGAGCAGAGUUUGUGGUUUUUAUCGGGGUCUUGUGUGGUGCGUUUGUCAGCUUUGACUUGUUGAUCAGGAUUUUUGUUUUGUGUGUUUGUCUGUGUAAAAAAGCUAAGAGACGUCAGAAACAAAAUCUAAGUUUCACAUCAUCUUCCCUUGGCAAUCAUACACAGACAAGGCUUUGCACUAAGUUUGUGAUGUUACUGCCAAAGCACUUCUGUUUGUUCUGCAAUAUAUGCAACAUUGGGACCUCCAAAGCUAUUUUAAUUACAAAGUAUCUUCCUUUUACACAAUUAGAUUUACAGGAGUCGCUUUUGCAGAUUUCCUGCUUGUUUAUUGAAACAUUCGACAGCUGAAAAAUUUGUCAAAGCUUAAAAAAACAGUUGGACGUUUUGAGAAACUUGCUUAUUUAUUUUUUUAGUGAGAAUCAGACUCAGUUAGCGUAGCUUAGCAUAUAGACUGGACACGAGUGAACACAGAUAAACCUGUAAAAAGCUAAAUACCUGUGACCAGCACCUGUAAAACUCAUUAGCAAAUCAUAUGUUGUUUGUUUUAUACUGAUAAGAACUCCAGUGUAAAAUCUGAGAAGUUGCUGUGGGUCAUGUGGAAAGUCCUGGUCAUAAAACAGUCAGGCACAUGAUCCGGACUUAGAAGUAGUCAGACACAUGACACUGCAGAAAAACUGAAACUAACAUUUUUAUAUUUAGCUUGCACAGACGUUAAAACUUUAAAAGCAUUAGAGGUGCAUGAAGGUGGGUUUCUUUAGCUGUGGACACAGCCAGGUUAGAUGUUUCUAGUCUUUGCUAAGCUAAGAUAAACUGUGUAGAUUCCUAUUCACCACACAGGCUUGGGAACUGCAUCUAAUUCUUACCAAGAAAGCAAAUAAGUGUGUUUCCCAAACUGUGGAAUUAUUCCUCUGUGUGCUGUCAAUGCUGUUGCAGUGCUUCUGCAACAGCGUCACCAAAAAUAGGACUUUUUCCAACAGCUACUUUUGUACACGAUUAACAUCCUCAUAACCAAACAUGGCCGAUUUUUGGCCAAAGACAAACUGAAAAGGUUUCAGAGCUGUAGCAGAGAAGAAAGGAUGUAAAUAGAUGUACAGUUACUGUCCAAAACCUCCAUGUCUCCCUCUGGUUGGGUCGCCUAACCACUCCUCCACACUACUGACCACUACACUAUACCACCCUAUAGUGUGGAUGGACUACUAUGUCAAAAAAACAAGGAGUCGCCUCGAAACUAAAACUCUACUCUUUAAAGAUUGGACUGAAUCUUUGUCUCAGUAGCGAAUUGAUGUAGCAAUAAAUACAAGAGGCGGGUGCUUCCACUGAGAAAUGACUCUGGUGGAACAUGAGGUUUUACAUCAGAGUUUUUCCUUCACCUGUAGAUGGUGAGUGGGUGAAUUGCAGAGAGAGGACCUGCAGAAAAAGAGGGGCAGCUUAUCUUUUUCUUUUUCACCAAUGGAUCCUUCUCUCCCAGCCCACAAUUCCAUCUACCCAGCAUUGGCAUAUUUCUACAGCUCUGUUACUUUUUCAAGCAGUGUGUGUGUGUGUGUGUGUGUGUGUGUGUGUGUGUGUGUGUGUGUGCUUGUGUGUGUUUUUUUCUCGCUCUGAUUAACAAGUCAAAGCUGUAAAUGUGGGAAAAAAAGUAAAACUAGAAAAAGGACCAGCUCUAAUGAGUAGAACGUAGAAACUUAACAAUAUCCAGUUGUGAACUUUUAAUUUCUAUAACAAUAACUAAUUCUGAUUCUCUCUCUCUCUGCUAAACCUUACGUAUUUUUGGAGCUUCUUGGCGCUGCUGGAGACCGAUGUAGAUAAGAUUCCUCUCCGACUUGUCUUUAACCUUAUGCACAAUCGUCACUAGUCACAGACGAGUCCUGUUGCUCUCUGACAAGUCUAAGUGUCCUCAGUCUCUGGCCGUCUCUUCAGGGCUCGGCGUCCCGACGCUUCAAAAACAAAAAGGGCCGAUCCCCCGUGGCAGGUCUGACCAAAAAAACUAAAAACUACCAGACUCAAAAGAAAACAAACAAAAAAAACUUGCAUACGAAAGAAGCUACUUGUCACUAAAAGUGAAUCUAGCCAGUGUAGUCUAUAUUUCUUGUAUUAAAUUUUGUAUUAUAUUUUCCUAAAUGUGCUCUUGUAAUGAAAAGACAAAAAAGAGUUGAGUAUAUCUAUCUAUAAAUAUAUAUAUAUAUAUGUUUGUGUGAAUGUGUGUGUGUGUGUGAUGUGUGUGUGUGUGUGAAAGAGAGAGAGAUAGACAGACAGGGGGCUAGGCUUGUUGAAGGGAGAGUGGGGGCAGGGGAGCUGAUACACUGGCCCCCCUCCCUUGGUUGACUCUCCUGCUGUCGUUCUGUGCCUUGGUGAGCCUCCCUCAUUCCCAGCCCACCCCCAGCCCCCCCCCCCACCUCCCCAACCUGCAGUCCCUGCUCAGGUCACACUCCCCUCCUCUUUAUCUCGUCCUCCCUCUUCUUCCUCCUCCUCUGGCGGGGCUGAAAUGCCAAAACACUUCCAUGAGCAUGGGGCAAGUGAAGAGAAGGCCGCAUUACGAAUAAAGACAUAAAUAAAAAGCCCCUCCAGUCUCUACUGAGUAGCCGCUGUUGUAUGACAUCCUGUCCAGGCACUACCCCCACACACCUCUUGACGCCCAAUCAUCUGCCAGUGUCGCCACUGUCACUGAAAAAAAAACAACAACCACACACUGGUAAUCUCCCAUGGCAGCUUCCAGUCGCCCCCGAAUGGUCAUCAACAGGGUUCAAAACUUUUGGGCUUGAGGCCUGUGUGUCUAUUUUUUUUUUCUUUUCGUUAUUUUACUAUUAUUGUAUGUUGAUUACUGUGUGUUUGUUCAGUGGGAGUCCCUGGGAGAUGAGCGAUAAAAAGAAUAAUCCAAUCGAUGGCAGCUUAAGGUGUUAUCCUCAACGCUCCCAGUGGUCCAUCCCCAGAAUAGUGUUACCCAUUGAUCAGGGGACCUCUUGAGACACAGCAAUAUUACCAUCUUGUGCUUUCUGAGGGAGGGGGGGUGGGGGGCGGGCAGGGGUUAUUAAGACAAGCAGGUGGUUUUGCUUUUGACUCUGUGGUGCAUUUGUUUCGGUGACCAACUCUUUAUUUUGUUUUGAUGAAUUUUACAUCCUAUCUGCACUCUCUCCACUCACUGCAGCAGGGCAAAAAAUUAACGAGAGAAGGAAAAAAACGAAACCCUUUUCUUUUGGGAAAGGUCGUUUUUCUCUUCGUCAUCAAGAGUUUACAUUCAUGUCCAAGAAUUUUUACAUGACUGUUUGUAGCAUAAAUGUCCUUCUAUUUGUUGGUCAAAUGAACAACUGAGUAAACCAUAUUAAUGGCAUAUGAUUAUUCUCUUGCACAGAACCUCCCAGUGAGAAAGAUGAAUGGGAUGAGCUGAGGGCCAAAUAUGAGAUUAUUCAUUUUUCAGUGGCAUCAUUGACAAAAUGUACUUAGCACCCACUCAACAUGAGUGUGUCAUGGUGGUUAAACAUUUAGUUUGAAUGCUGGACAGGUGGCGUUAAUGGAAAUUCUUUAGAUAUAAAUAAAUGUGCCUUUGAAAACGUUUCCUUAGAAGAAACAGAGAAAGCGGAGAUUGUACCAAUUAAUGAGGACUGUAUGAUCAGUCACAGUUGCUCUUAUUUUUAACCCUAACAGAAGAUGUUACUGCUUCUUUUCUCAAAACAAAAGUUAAGGCUUGUGUCAAAAGAGUUGACAGGAAUCCUCAUUGAACUCUGAACAAAAGAAAGAUCAAAGCAGAACUUCAACACAGAGACGGGUUCAGUUUUACAGACUUCAGAGAUAGGGGCAGACCAGGUUUGAUGUUUUCUUUCUUUUGCUGUUGCACAGAGAUUUACUUCAGUGUGUUUUUUUUUUUUCUUCCCUUUUUUCUCAAAAGAGCACCAAAGCACAGCAUGAUGUUUGGGGAAGUCAGAAUGCAGAGACAGAGGGAAACAGGGUGGCUGGGUUGUGGGAUGAAAUCGGGGUGAAGCAGAGAUCGUCAGAGUCUGUGCAGAGAAGCUCCGGCAAGUCAGAAAGGCAGCAAGGUUCGACGCCCUCGCAUCCCAGAGCCCGUUGAGCAAUGGUGCUUUUUAAGAAAUUUUAUUCCUGCCAAAUGAAUAGUCACUUUUUCCGUGCUGAAUGAUUAGUAAAGAGUUUAUGUAAUUCCAGCAGAAUAGCUUUAACUACUUGUAGACUUUAGGUCAGCUUUGCGCUUCCGGGACCUGGACCCCAGCCUUUAUGUAUUUUCUUCUUGUUAUGUAUUGAGUGACGCUCGCUCCACAGGAAGCGCUGCAUCAACAUUUCGGUUCAUCUCUUCCUCCUGCUCUCGAGGAGCGAGAGGUGGCUGGGAUUCAGUGGAGAAGAGGACGGUGGGAGUUUGCUCAGGCUGACAUACUGUGCAGAGUAGGGAGAGUUCUGUGCCAGAGACCUGUGAAUAUGUUCCUUUUAGCGAAUGUGUAACAUUCGCUAAGAAGAUGUUAUAUAAGUUCCUUUUGUUUUGUUUUGUGCGUGCGAGUGCGUGUACACGAGUACCUGGUGCUGGCUAUGUUUAGCAAACACUUGAAGGUAUUGUGCAUUCUCUCAUUGUAAUAUAAUUAAAAUGUUUUAUACGUAAA